AUGCCUGGCCUCGACGUGAAACUCGUCACCGACGACACACGCAUCCUCGGACAAGAUCCCUUGAUCCCACCUCAAUUACUCGUCUCCGAAAUUCCCAUCACCAAUGAGUCUCUCAAGACAGUUCUCCAAGGCCGUCAAGAUGCUGUCGAUAUCAUCAUGGGCAAGUCUGACCGCCUUCUGAUCAUCUGCGGUCCAUGCUCCCUCCACGACCCCGCGACAGCCCUCGAGUACUGCGCACGCCUUAAGAAACUCUCUGAUAGACUUUCCGACGAUGUGUGCGUCAUUAUGCGAGCCUACUUAGAGAAGCCCCGUACGACCGUCGGCUGGAAGGGACUGAUUAACGACCCGGACAUUGACGAGUCCUUCAAGAUCAAUAAGGGGCUCCGGAUCAGUCGCCAACUCUUCUGCGACCUCACCAAAGCUGGCAUGCCAAUUGCGACCGAAUUGCUGGAUACAAUCUCCCCUCAGUUUUUGGCCGAUCUGAUCUCCCUGGGUGCCAUUGGCGCGCGAACAACCGAGUCACAAUUGCAUCGGGAGCUUGCAUCUGGUGUCUCGUUCCCGGUUGGCUUCAAGAAUGGCACAGACGGGAGCUUGACUGUUGCAAUCGAUGCCAUUGGAGCUGCUGCCUCCAAGCACCACUUUAUGGGUGUCACAAAGCAAGGGCUUGCCGCAAUCACAAGAACCAGUGGAAAUGAACACGGCUUUGUCAUCCUCCGAGGUGGUACCAGGGGCACAAACUACGAUGCUGAGAAUGUCAAGACGGUAAAGGAGACAUUGACAAAGAAGAAUCAAAAGCAGGCAAUUAUGAUCGACUGCUCCCAUGGAAACUCGAAUAAGGACCACCGAAAUCAACCCAAGGUAGCCAAGGUCGUUGGGGACCAGCUCCGUGCCGGCGAGAAGUCAAUCAUUGGCGUUAUGAUUGAGUCGAACAUCAAUGAAGGCAACCAGAAGGUCCCGGCAGAAGGACCAUCAGGACUUAAGAAGGGUGUCAGUAUCACUGAUGCAUGUAUCGACUGGGAAUCCACAGUCGACGUGCUCGAGGAUUUGGCUGCAGCAGUUCGAGAACGCCGCAAGCUCGCUGCCAACUAA